AUGGGUUUCGCUCAGAAAAUCGCCGCAGCUCAGAAUAGCCAGAACAUGGCGAACAAUGGCUCAUAUGGAGGUGCCCCUCCAUCGGGAUACACUGGGGGUCCUCCUGCAGCCUUGCAGGCUGGUGGAUCGAGUCAACAGCCCCAAUAUCAGGCUUAUUCAGGAUCCCCAGCCCCCCAGGGAUCGGCUAUCCAUACGGCGGCUCAUCUCAACAGAAUCCAUCAGCUCCCUAUUCCCGACCUCCGCCAUCCACGCCUUACCCCGCUUCUCAGCAACCUCAGCAAUCUCAGGGCUAUGGCCGCCCGCCUCCACCCCCACCACAAGGCCAGCCCUAUGCAUCCGCUAGUUCGCCUUAUCCCGGCCAGCAACCGGGGCCGCCCUAUGCGUCUCCUAGCUCGCCCUAUCCAGGACGACAGUCUGCACAGUCACCCUAUCCGGGUCAACAGCAACCUCCACAGUCGCCCUAUCCGGGUCAACAGCAACCUCCACAGUCGCCUUAUCCCGGACAACAGCAAUACCCUGGACAACAGCAAUACCCCGGACAACAACAAUACCCCGGACAGCAGCCCUCAUAUGUACAGAAUACCCCUUGCCCUGCACCACUGCCUGUUUCUGGAGCUCCAUACCCCGGUGGCCAAGGUCGUCCUGGACCCCCACCAGGACCCCCCACCAGGACCACCACCAGGCCAGUAUGGUGCACCCGGUGGCGGCCCUCCGUCUGCAGCUCCCCCGGCUACCCAGCAGCAAGUCGCAGCUUACCGAUCGCUCUUGAUUUCCACGAUCCAGGAGAAGAAUAUUCAAAGCUUCUACCCCCCGGAGCGACUGGACCGGCUUGUUCAGACGCUUGCCGCUGAAGCACCGGGCAAGCUCAACAGACUGAUUCAUGAAUGGGCUGUGCCCAUGGAGGUUGCGACCGAUGUCAUGAAGCUCUCGCUGUUCGACGUGAUUCUCUACGUCGAUGACAGUGGAUCCAUUGAAUUCGAAGAGAAGGGUCUCCGAAAGGAUCAACUCAGACAGAUCCUGGGUAUCGUGGCUACUGCUGCAUCUACCUUCGACCAAGACGGUAUUUCUGUCCGAUUCAUGAACUCCAGUGAGGUGGGCGACGGCAUCCGCGACGCAGAGGAUGUCAACCGUCUAGUGUCCCGAGUCCGUUUCUCGGGCCUGACCCCCCUGGGCACCAGCCUGAAGAGUAAGGUCGUUGACCCGAUGAUUGUUCAACCCGCCCGGGCCAACCGUCUCGAGAAGCCCGUGCUGGUGAUCACUAUCACCGACGGACAGCCUGCUGGCGAACCUCACGGUGCUGUGGGUGAUGUCAUUCGUUACGCGGUGGAGGAGACGUCUCGGACCCGUUAUGGACCCGGCUCCGUAUCCUUCCAGUUCUCGCAGGUGGGAACUGAUCAGCGGGCUCGUGACUUUUUGGGCUCUCUGGACGAGGACCCUCAUAUUGGCCACCUGAUCGACUGUACCUCCAACUUCGAGGUUGAGCAGGAUGAGAUGUCCCGUGCUAACCCACCAGUGCAUCUCACUCGGGAGCUUUGGUGUGCCAAACUGAUGCUUGGUGCUAUUGAUUCCUCCUACGAUACCAAGGAUGAGCGAGACAACGAACGUCGAAAUGCACCUCCACCUGCAUCGAUCAGCCAGUACGGAGGAGGAGGAGGAUAUGGCCCACCUCCACCCCAGGGUCCAGCUCAGCCUCCGUAUGGUCCGCCCCCUGGUGCCCCACCGACUUCGUAUGGUUCCCAGUCGGGUUACCCACCGCAGGGUCAACAGGGUCAAUACCAACAGCAACAGCCUCCCCAGCAGCCUCCCCAGCAACCUCCUUACCAGGGAUCGCGUGGCUAUGGUCAGCAACAGGGGUAUGGAUCGCAGCCUGGGCCUGGUUACCAGUAUGGUGGACAGCCACGCUAUUGA